AUGACUCUGCUUCGCUAUGUGCAUUUGAGUACCGCGGACGGCACUGCCCCGAAUUGUGCUAGCUGUCUAGUCCUCAAAAUUAUCUUGGCUGCUUCUACUACCAUCUCCCUAGUUGUAGAUAAUGAGCUUGAUGCCAAUGCAUGGAGCCUUAUUUGCCCACAUUCAAUGACGUUCUUCCAUCCAAUUCCGGCAUUCGAGCAGGAUGUGUCGUACCCUCUGUGGUUCAUGGCCACACUGAUCUUGGUCUGUAUCGGCCUCAUGGAUGGCGUGAAGGCAGGCCCGUAG